AUGGCUUCAACAAAGAAAUUAUCUGCUAGCUGGAGUCUUGUUACUUCAAGCAAACGGCUCAGCCGUUCAUCUCAAGCUGUUUCUAUCGUCAACCAGAAAGCUUUCAUCUUCGGUGGAGAAUUGCUCCCUCGAGAACCGGUUGAUAACAGAGUCGAUAUUGUUAGUCUGAAAAGCUCUGAAGAUAUUGCCCAAACCCUCUCAACACCUUCCAAUGCACCAACUCCACGCGUCGGCUCCCCAAGCACAACAAUUGGUUCAAAGCUAUAUCUCUUCUCCGGCCGCGGCGGGCUGGAGAUGAAGCCAAUUGAAGAAUCCGGCUCUUUGUGGUGCUACGAUACAACCACCAAUACAUGGGAUCCCAUCACUCCUACUAAUCCGUCAGCAUCCUCGCCCGCGGGUCGAAGCUACCAUUGUAUCACAUCCGAUGGCGUUGAUAAGAUCUAUAUCCACUCUGGAUGUCCCGAACAGGGUAGACUGAGCGAUCUCUGGGCCUUUGACGUUGAGAAGAAGUCUUGGACGGAGUUGCCUUCUGCGCCUGGGCCUGCUAGAGGUGGAGCAUCAAUCGCAUUUCUGGAUGGAAAGAUCUAUCGUAUGAAUGGGUUUGAUGGGAAGACAGAGCAGGGCGGUGCACUGGACAUCUUCGACAUCAACGAUUGUUCGUGGUCGACCACCACGUUCAAACCGGAUGGCAAGGAAGGCCCCGAAUCAAGAAGUGUCUCAACCCUUCUUCCUAUAUCACUCAACAACAACUCCUACCUACUCACUAUGUUUGGUGAAAGAGACCCAAGUUCUCUAGGCCACGCCGGUGCUGGAAAAAUGCUCUCUGAUGUCUGGGCUUUCGAUCUCGAGGAAGCUAUCUGGCAGAGGGUAGAGACAGGUGAUGGACCUGCUGCGAGAGGAUGGUUCGAUGCUGAUGUCACAGAAAACGAGGCUGUCGUCCAUGGUGGUCUUGGGGAGGAUAAUGAGCGGUUGGGUGAUGUUUGGGUCAUGAAAGGUACACUUAUAACUCACGUACAAGCGCUUACACGUCGAGUCACGGAGCUUGAGAAGACUGUUCAGCAACUUCGUUCGUCGGUUGAAGUAUCACCGGCCUUUAAUAACCAGAUCACGCCCUUGUCGUCAGCUACCACCGAAACAGCUCAAGCCAGCUCUCCCUCACUUACACCCCAACCCUAUCAAUCUGUGAGGCAGGUAAAGAAUGACCUAUGUUUCGGUCAAUAUUGGUAUUUCAAAGGCGUCCCGAUCUUCUCUGAGAAAGGUGUCGAUUGGAUGGCAUCCAAGAUUGGUGAAAGACCAGAGUUGAACAACUUUCGCCUUUUCGGAACACAGCAUUCUGAUCAUGUAUCUCAUCCGAGGCUAGCAUUGCCUGAGCGGCAGAUAGUGGAAGAGUUGCUCAGCUCUUUCAUGUAUUCGGAGUGGUCAUCUAUAUAUCCCAUUAUAGACCCUGCAACAAUCGGAGAGACUGUUGAAUCGGCUUACAAUCCCCAAACACUGCAUAGGCACGGAACAACGGAGACCUUUGUUCUAGCUGCGGUGGCUUUGUGUUCCAAGUUCCAGAGCACCGAUGAGAAUUCUUUCGAGGGUGACACUUAUGCCAACAAAGCACAGAGCUAUCUGACACAAAGCUCACAAGAAGGGACAGUCGAAAAUUUGCAAACGGCACUCAUGCUACACAUUUACAGAAGUUUAUCAGGACAGUGGGAAGAUGCAGCGAUACUUCAUUCUAUCGCCUGUCGCAUGAUUUACGAUUUGAAAGCUCACUGCUUUUAUCAUGGCCCACCCUCUGAUCAACAUCGCCAGAAACAUAUGCGUAACCUGUUCUGGCUUUGCUACGUUUUGGACAAAGACAUUUCUAUUCGCUUUGGUCGACCGCCUCUUCUUACCAGAGAUUACUGCGAUUUGACUCUACCACAAGACUCGCAUGCGAUAUACACACCUCAUCCAGAUCCUUCCAUGAUCCAAUUCCCUCAAGACUUACAACUCAAUCUUUUAAAAGAGAACAUUUGUCUGUUCCUCUGUUCGUUAGCCAGCCCAAACCUUCAAGAUGGGACCAUAUUAUGUCAUGUGCGUCAACUCGACCUCGACCUCGAAACAUGGCGCCAAAGCAUUCCUCUAGCCUUCAGACCGAAACUAUCACCAUCGCCUGACAAACCACAAAUGACGUCUCUACACAAACGACGACGAAUCCAUUUUCAAUUAGAGUAUAAUUAUCUUACGACGAUAAUCCAUACGGCUAUCCGAAGAUGCGGUGCUGCUUAUGCGGCUGAUGAGAGCUUACCUGAUGACUUGCACAGCGUUUAUCAUUCGAGUAGUGAUUUGACACUGGAGGCAAGUCGGACCACGCUGCGGAUGUGCAAAGAGGAGAAUUUGUUGGAACAAGAUGUCUUUGGACAUCUUGUGUAUUAUAUACCUCUAGCAGCGCUUGCUCUGUUCCUGAACAUAUUGAUCCAUCCACUGGACGAAGUAGCACAAGCCGACCUUAAUAUUCUCGCAUCAUCAGUCACACUCUUCCAGCACCCCCAAUUAACGGAUUUCGACCUUGACUCUGUGCAAGAGUUGAGCCGGUUCAUAGCCGAGUUGGUCCGCCUUGGCAACGGCGCGAUAGGGAAAACAAAAAGAGACAGCGGAGCCUUAUGA